AGUCGUACACCACGUGAAGUCAGCAUAAAGUUCAUUGCGGGAGUUGUUUUUAACCUCAACAAAUUUCGUGAUAACGUUUAAAACUAUUCUAGAUUGGGAUAUGUCCUCCUUUCGUUUCACGAAAUACCUGAUGUUUUCAUCUUAUAAAAUUGCGCACUCUUUUAAAAGUUUCUGACUGUCCCUGUUUUUUCUAUUCCGUUUGCUGCGUUUGAUGAUUAUCUUAUCAUCUUACCGCAACGUUACCUGACAGAUUAGAAAGCACGAUUGCAAUGCAUGAUAAGAUUGCAAGAGACCUACAUCACUGACAUCGUUUCUAAUUCUGAGAUGAGCUUUCCAGUCUUUAUUGAUCAAGCACUGUUUGCUCAGUCUGAUAUUAACAUCUCUAACUUGCAAUAACUGCGUAAAAACAUAUAUAAAAAUACAUGAUGACUAAAGUUUUUAUCAUUCUUACCGCAACAGCAUUCCAUUCACUUUAGAAAGAUUAGCUUAGCAUACUGCUAUAUAGGCAGGAAAGUCCAAGAAACUAAUACAGUCGCAGUGGAAUAUCUUGCAGCAAUGGAAUAAUCGCUUCUCGGAAAAAAAACAAACUGAGUCAGCAGUUGCCAUAGUGGUCGUAGUGGGAUCGUGCAGAAAACUUGAAUCGACCAGACUUGUAACAGCAGUGUUGUACGCCGGACGUGAGAGUUGCACAGAGACUUAUUGCAACUAGUGCUAAGUGAUUUACCAGCUGAUCUCUAUCUUAAUAAGACAAUCAAAAUUGUCAAUUAUGAAUCAGCAAUGGAUUAUGAUUUAUUUAUUAAUAAUGUGUGCACAUUUAUCAUAUCAGAUGUCAACAUCAAAUUCAACAACAUACAUAGCAGCAGUAGUGGAAUAUCCUCCAAUAUAUAUAACAAAUAACAUUGAGUUGACUUUGAAAACAAAUUCUGAUGCUUAUGUCAAACAUAUUGAAACAGCUAGUAAACAGAAUGCUGAUAUUAUCGUUUUUCCUGAAGUUGGCUUGACAACAGUUCAUUUCCCAGAAAGAGAAGAAAUGCAAAAUUGGACAACUAUUAUUCCUUCAAUUGAAGAUAAUUAUACUUCUUGCAUACAAGAUACUAUUGAAGUCAGCGAGACACUGAAAAAAAUAUCAUGUGCUGCAAGGCAGAAUGAAAUCUAUGUAGUAAUCAAUAUUGCUGAAAAAUUACCUUGCACCGAAGACCCAUGCCCAAAAGAUAAAGUGUUCUAUUAUAAUACCAAUGUUGUAUUUGAUCGCACAGGAAAAAUUAUUGCUAGAUAUCGUAAGGCGAAUCUUUUUUUGGAACCACAGUUUAAUGUGACAGCAAUACCAGAAGUAGUAACUUUUGAUACCGAUUUUGGAGUGAAGUUUGGAACCUUUAUAUGUUUUGAUAUACUGUUUUAUAAACCUGCAUUACAAUUGACAAGGGCUUACGAAGUUACUGACAUUGUGUUUCCUACAGCAUGGUUUUCUGAAGCACCUUUUCUAACAGCUGUGCAAACGCAAGCAGGAUGGUCAUUUGCUGAAAACGUAAAUCUUUUAGCCUCUGGUUAUAACAGACCUGCCUUUGGUAAUACAGGCAGUGGAAUUUAUUUAGGUCGUAAAGGAGUAGGUAAAGCAAUAUUGCCUUUCACUAAGCACGAGGAAAUGUUAAUAUAUGAAGUUCCUAAAAUACGAAAAAGAAGUAAAUCUAAUCAUAUAGAUCAUCAUCAUGAUCAUUCAAAAGAUCACGAUGAGGAAACUAUGUUCCAUUCGGAAAAGCAUGUACAUGAUGAGUUACGAAAAAGACGUGAAAGUAAUACGAGAGCUAACAAUGAUAAUGAUAAAUUAUAUUUGUUAUAUGAUAAGAUUAAAACGUUUGAAACGUUUCCUUUAGAAACUAAUGUCACGAAAACUGUUUGUCAGAACAACUUCUGCUGCGAGUUUAGAAUCGAAAUUGUGGCAAUAGACCCAAGCACAAAAUAUCGUUUAGUAGUUUUUAACGGCAUUCGUCUUUAUGGUAUUGUUGAAGCAGGCGUACGAGCGUGCGGCGUAGUUCAAUGUUUAAACGACUCUAUUUCAUCAUGUGGUUCUACACAAGAAUCGAAAACUGUUUUCAGCAACAUUGAAAUCACGACAACGCUCCAUGAUUAUACAAAUAAUUUAAUUAUGCCUUCCACAUUAAAUCCACAUUUACUUCCGCUUAGAAAUUGGACAUAUAAUGAACACACUCAUGAUAAUCAUGUGCAUAUUAACAUGUUUUUAAAUAACAAUAUGGACAAUGUAGUGACAUUUGGAGUAUAUUCCAAGAAAAAUAAUGCAAGCGAUGUAUCUUUCAAUGCUAUUAAUUAUUUUGUAACGUUAUUAAUGAGUUUGUUGUUAAUGAAAUUGUAACUUGUAUAUUUUGUAUAUGCGACAAAAAAAGUUUGUACUUACUCUGUUAUAUAUAUUAUUAUUAUUAUGUGA